UACUAGUGACAUGCAUGUGCAGUUCGAACCGCAAUCCGCACAAGUUUUCGUCUCAAGCUCUGACACAGCGAGACCCCCCGAUGGAGGAUGGGGCUGGGUAGUAGUUUUCGCUUCGUUCAUGGUGAACCUAAUAUCUGUGGGAAUCGUGUCAUGUAUCGGAUUUUACUACCCGUCAAUCUUUAGUCACUUUCACGAACGCAGUGGAGUAGUUAUGUGGAUCCUUCAUUUAUUUUACGCCAUGCCACUUCUAUCUGGUCGGAUCGCAGUUUUCUUAAUAGACAAAUACGGUUGCCGGAUUAUGACCAUUAUCGGAUCUAUUUUAGCAGCGCUAGGAUUAUUUGUUUGUAUUAAUGUAAACGGUACGGUAACGUUGCUUUUAGCGUUCGUAAUCAUGACCGGAUUUGGCCUGAGCUUAUGCAAUGUGGCAACAGUUGUCAUCGUCGCUUAUUACUUCGAGAAGAAGCGUUCGCUGGCCACCGGCAUCUCAGCGUGUGGAAGUUUGUUUAGUGGGUAUCUUUUUAGUCCUUUGAUACAUUUUCUGCUGGAUCAAUGUGAAGUUCAUGAAACACUUCUUAUACUGGCAUUAUUGUUGUUAAAUCUGGCGAUAUGUGGUUUGUUCUUCCGUGACCCAGCCUGGACGGCUGCAAUGAAUGAGGAAAGAACGAAUGAACAUAAAAGAAGAAUAGAGAGGAAAAAGUUCGUAUUAUCAGUCAGUAAGAGUAGUGCUGCUGAGUCUGCGAAAGUGACGGACAACACUCUUGGGAAUUAUGAGACUACAAUUGUUAAAGAAAAGUCACAAUGGCUCGCGGGGCUGUGGGAGGUCUUAGUGGAAUUGCUGGACUUUUCGCACUUCCGCAAACCGGCGUUCCUCGCGUUCGCCGUGUCCAACUUCCUACUGUACACAUGGUUCAACACUUUCUACUCGCACAACGACAUUUUACACAAGGGCGUGCCCAUGGCAAAGGUGUCGAUGCUGCAAUUCGUGGUGAUGAUGAUGAAUUUGUUUUCGGCGAUCCUUAUAGGUUGGGUGGGCGGACAGGAGUGCGUCAACCCGAGUCUACUUAACGCCGUGUGCAUGGUGCUGGGCGGGACUGUGUGGGCCAUCGUGCCUCUGCUGACCACCAGCCUGGGGCUCACGGUCGCCUUGGCUGCCUUCGAAGCCUUCGCAGCGGUCAACUACACUCUCACGAGCACCAUCCUUGUCAAACAAAUCACGCUAAAGAAGUUCACUAAUGCGUAUGGCUUGCUGCUGCUGAUUCAAGGACUGGCCCGGCUUAUUAGACCUACGCUGGCUGUCACGAUCGCCUGGCUCGACAUCAACAGCAGCGACGAUUUAGUCUUUUACUUGGGUGGAGUGUCCAUUGGGGCUUCUGGGCUUAUCCUCAUUAUUGUGCAGUGUUACAACGUCGUGCGACGAUGCUACAACCACCAAACACGAUACGACGUAACUAUCAACACGUCCACAUUCAAAACGACUAACUAACUCAACUAGCUAGAUGCUUCAA